UAAUAUCGCAGGCUUCCCAUGAAUCCAGUUAAAAUUUUAUCAUAGUGAAACGAUAGUUCAAGUUGUAAGUACAUACUUACUUUUUCACAAAGAUUUUUCAAAUUUUAAACUCGUCCUGAAGUGUGUACGCAUGGCAAUUUUAAAAGCCAAUUCCACACCAGUAUAAUGAACAGAUUAAUCGGAAAAGUUGCUAUUGUCACAGGAUCGACCCAAGGGAUCGGAUUCGCAAUGGCUAGAAGACUAGCCGCUGAAGGAGCCAAAGUAGUGGUUAGUAGUAGACAAGAAGCCAACGUAAACGAAGCAGUAAAAAAAUUGAAACAUUUAGGCCAUGAAAAUAUUACUGGCACUGUAUGCCACGUAUCUAAGCCAGAAGACCGUAACAGAUUAUACGAAGAAGCGUUGAAUAAAUUCGGAGGCAUAGAUAUAUUAAUCUCCAAUGCAGCUGUAAACCCUCAUGUGGGACUCACUGCUGAGUGCACGGAAGAUAAAUGGGAUAAAAUAUUCGAUGUAAAUGUCAGAAGUUCAUUUCUCCUUAUUAAAGAAGUGCUACCCUAUUUAAAGGAAAGAAACGGCGGGUCAAUUGUCACUGUAUCGUCAAUUGUUGGGCUGAAUCCUUUAGCGUUGAUUGGUCCAUACAGUGUAAGUAAAAGUGCCUUAAUAUCAUUAACUAAAGUUUUUGCCAACGAGCUUGCUUCUCACAAUAUCCGAGUCAACUGUAUAGCCCCUGGAGUGUAUCGGACUUCGUUCACGAAAGUGGUAUUGGAAAAUAAAUCUAUUCACGACGCUGUUUUGUCUACAAUCCCAAUGCGAAGAUACGGCGAGACAAGUGAUAUAGAAGGCGUUGCUGCUUUUUUGUGCUCUGAUGAUGCAAAAUACAUUACUGGAGAAACGAUUAUUGUUGCUGGGGGAGUGCAUUGUAGACUAUAGAUUGGUAUUAUUACCUAUGUAGAUGUUGCAGUUGCAGGUUAAAUUAAGAUUUAUUGAAAGGUGUGAUUUAAAUUUGUAAAAGUACAGGAAGAAAAAUGCAAAUCUAAAAAUACAGUUCAAAUUCCACUUUUUUUCUGCAAGAUACUGUACCUAAUUGAAGUUGAAAAUUAAACAAAAAGAAGCCAAGAAGGUAUAAAUUUUUUGUUUGUUUAAAA